AUGUGGUUUAAAAUAGACGGGGAAAAUUACAUUGGAAAAAAAAUUGUUAAUGGUGAAUCUUGUACGAUACUUAUUAGCGAUUUUAAAAACGUUUGGCACAGAGCUCUGCACGAUUAUGACCUCUUCUCUACCUUUCAGGAACUGAUUUUUAAUUUAUUCAUAGAAGAUGAUAAAGUUAAAAAGUAUUUACUUAAAGACAAUAAUAAUGAUAAUAUUGUCCUUAAAUUAGAAAGUAUUCAAAUCGGUGUGAAAUUUUAUUUUGAAAUUUUUUUGUUUAAGGGAAAUGAAGAAUUAUUAUAUAACGAAUUCACAUUGCCGUUAUUACAAGUUGUUAUCGAAAUGGAAAACAGAGAAAAAAAAUUAUUAGAAAUAAUUGAAGAAAAAACAUUAGAACUAGAAGAAUGCAAACAAGAAAAGAAAUCAUCAGUUAAUGAAAGUAUUAAACCCAAAACCUCUUGUGUUAAAGUUAGUCAUCAAAUAAAUCGAACUUUAUUAAAAGAGCAUUAA